CAAAAUGAAUAAAAUGAAAGGAGAUUUUAAAGUUGGUGUACAACCCUGUAAAACGAAGAUUAGAGAGCCUGCCUGGCACUGUUGGGCACAAAAGUCUGUGCUUGUGCCUAAGAAAAGCCCAUAUUUCUGCAUUCACAACAGGAAUACGAUGGAGCUACUGAAUAGAAGUCCAAUGAACAAGAGCCAGCCUGAGGACGGGCAGUUCUUCAAACCGCUCUCCUUCAAGUGCCGAUCAGUACCACAAACACACAGGGUUUCGCCAUGCUAUGUUUCCUUUGUGAAUGGUGCAACACUGUGGGACAGAGGAGUGUACCAUUACACUCUAACCCCGCCCUCGCAUGGACCGUCUUUGCCUUGCCCUCGCUUUGCUGCCCACAUGAAGUCCUCUCCUGGGUCCUUGGGACCCCCCGGAGCUCACAGAUCGAAGCCACAAUCACAUCCAUGUGACUCACUGGAUGCGCAGCGAAACCAGGCUCGUACUGCACGAAGUAGCAAUUGGAGUUGUGCAGUGUUCAAUCCCAAGAAAAGCGCUGGUCAUGUCCAGCACCUAAUUGUGUUUGACCGAGCCUCGUAUAAAAAGCCUAGUUCUCCUGCACCCAGCACAGCCUCUCAUGCAGAAGACAAUGUUGACACUCAGAAUUGUACCCAACCUGUGACCCAGCCGAUCAGAGACUACAGAGAAGAGGAGGAAUAUGGAGAACUUGAGGUCCCCUGGGCAGACACAUGCCUGCAAGAGGAUGACGCAGAGCUAGACAAAUUGGACCAGCUCAGGGAGAGCAUUACACCUGCCCUGUCGAGCAACGAAGAGUCUCUUUCUGAUUUCAGCAGACCCCCAUCUAGUGCCUUCAGUCGGAGUACCAGCCUCCACAGUGGAAGGACCUCCCAAAAGUCUGGUAUCAGUGACCUUGGACAGGCCAGCAGCACCCCACUCUCCCAGCUGCGCACCUCCUCCAUCUUUCUGUCAGCUUUUGCUUCCUCAGACUCUGAACUGGACCCAGAGACUCCUGCCAGCACAGGUUCGGAGAAAGACACCUUGAACAAAACCCUGCUGUUAGGAUCGAGUUACCAUGGAACCAAUAUCAGCAGCAACACUGAGAAUCUCAACCUGAGUAAGAUUGGUUGCCACAGCAAUGCUACUGGCCCACUCCAAGAACAAACCAUCUCUAUAGGCAAACACUCACAGUCAGAGAGGACACCCUCCUUUGUGGAAAUUUGGCAUGACAGAGUCCUCAACCACUGGCCUGUUCUUCCACCCAUCUCACCGGAAAGAGAUCCCAGUGAGCUGAGUUCUAAGUCUUUUGAACUGAGCAAUGUCCAGUCAGAUGUCUCUGAUGAACUCGAAGGGAUAGUUCCCAGAACCGGCUCCUCUCUCUCACAGCCUUGUCUGGACAGCCGGAAUGAUCAAUACAGCUCACCUGGCUCAGCUUUGUUAAAAGGAACAUCUUCCCAAGAUCUUGUGGGUGGAGAUGAACCAGGGCCACUGUCUGAUAUAAGGCUCUUGCUGCUGGAUCAUCAGAGCUGGGGAGGAGAACCCCUUGGGGGAAUCAACGGAAGUGAGGCUGACACCAUCGCUGGAGAUCACAUGGGGACGACUGCAAAUUUUGAAAGCGAUAUUCUUGGAGGAUAUAAUGAAAUUCAUUCUAAUGGGUUCCCAUUUCACCAUGCACCUGCCGUCUUUAAAGAAAACAGGCCAGCGGAUACUUGUCCAAAUAAUGGCAGAGAUGAUCAGCGGAGUAUUUGCACAAUGACACCUUCUAAAACAGGAUGUCGAUCUCCCAGUCCCUCAUCCCCUGCCAGGGGCCCAUCUUCCAGCAACCUUUCAACUUCAAACUCUUUCUCCAGUGAAGAAAGAGAUUCCCAGUUACAGUCCACAGCUUUACCAUCCAGUGAUAACAAGCUUGAUGUGGAGACCGAAGUAGAGCACUGUAUCAAACCUUCACUGAAGACUGCAGAUGGAGGGCACACUACUGGGUGGCUUUCUGACAGCAGUGCCCCCAGGAAGGAGGACCCCCGGUCUGUCCUGAGCUGCCCUGUAAAAGGAGAGAAGAGUGGGGAGGCAGUGCGCAGGGGGCAGGGGCACAAGAAGAAGCCCUUGAAGCUGGACUGCACCUGGCGGGAGGAGAGGGAGAAGGAGCGACUGGCUGAGGAGAGACAAGCCAAAAUAUUUCAAAUCUACACCAAACUGCGGGAGAACAAAACCUCCAGGGCUCAAUCUGCUGAAGCAGUGAGCAUCUCCAAGUUUGAAGACUUUGACUUUUUGGCAAAAUACUGCAUUUUCAGUCAAGAGAAGUUGGCCAAAUACAAAAGGGCUUUUGAAGCGGCGGACAGUGAUGGGGAUGGCUACCUGACCUGCUUUCAGGUGCUUGUGGCUCUGAAAGAAAUCGUCCCACCAAGUGCCCUCACUGAUGCUGAAGAGAUUUAUGUUUACAGGGUGUAG